AUGACCGGACGCUAUGAGAAUCCGUUACUAUACAACUCAGUGAAUCAGCCGGUGGAUAGGAAAACCGGACUUAUUGUGCAACAAGAAAUCCCUCUACGUCAGCUGGGUCGCAUGACACAGAAAUAUGAUCAGGGAUUUUUGGACUUCGUGGCCGACAGGGCUAUGGCAAAAUAUUUUCAGAAAAAAGGCAAACGCGGCACGGCCAUAUUCUUGCCCGACCGUAUACGUUUCACCCGAAAAAAUUUUCGAAAAACUCUGUUCUAUCGGGAAAUAAAGGUGUUCUACAAAAGCGAUCCCCAGACAUUUUGUUUUGUGCUGUAUGUGAUUGAAGAGAAAAGUGCAAAACGGCGGUACGAAGUGUACCAGUGUGAUAAUAUGGAGGAUAUACGCCGUAUUGAAGAUAUACUGGAGAUUUCCAGGAUGACAACCAAUAAACUUCUCUUAGACACAGAUUCAAUUUACCAAGAGAAUCACCGUCGCAGUUUUCCAGCACCUCCUCCUUCAGUGGAACAAUUGGAAACAAGAUAUGGAGAAGUAUCACCUCCACCACUAGCACGGUCAUCGCCACCUCCACCGUCACAAACGUUAGCAUAUCAACAACAACAACCACCUAGGUCUGCUAUCGAGUGUCCUCACUGUAAGCGGAUCUCCGUGGUUGCGCAAGACGUUUCUCAAAACCCAAGCGAAAUAAUUUCUGUUAAACAAGCACCAGCUCCUCGAUCCCGAUCCGUCUAUAAUAACGGAGCUAUCGAAGGCGAAUGGAUCCGUAUUAAUGACAAGUGGCGCAAUACCGACUAUGCUUAUCACAAUCAUGUUGACCCCAGAGGAAGACCAAGGCAAAGUAGGUAUCCUAUGGUGAGCCGCAGAUGGGACACAUGGGUGGAUGACAAUGAAAUGAUAGAACGACGUUAUCACCGUCGUCCAAACUCGCCACAGUAUUCGAACGAAAAACAAGUCAGACCAUACCACAUCGCAUCAACCUACACCAAGCCAGCUCCGGUCAAUAGGGAUCCGGCACGGCAACAAGCAUUGCACGAUGGUAAACCGAUGUUGAAUAGAGGAACAAUGCAAAUCAUGGAGCCGUAUGUGAAUCAGCCAGCAUCUACACAAAUGCGGCGAUACCGUAGUGAGUCAGAACUAAUGAAUCCAUCGCAUUACGUUGAAAAGGAGCAAACUCGGGUCAUAAAAGCUGAGCGUUAUCAACCAGUUGAACAGCCAAAGCAACCGCCUAUUAUUAUCGCUAAACCAAUUCAAGAAGAAGCAGUUGAAGUAAAGAAAUCAACAGUUCAAUUAACUGUAAACGACGAAAUCAUAAAGGACAUGUUUUGUGAACGAUUCGCGGUGGAUAAAAGAAAUAAUUAUCCAGACACCGACAGUUUAUCAACGCUGACUAAUAGAGGUGCACGAGAAAGAUUAAUGAAAGAUCAUGCUGGUUUCUCGAAACCGAUAAUCGAAUAUGAAACUGAUCCGAGCAUUACACCAAGAUUAUACAACGGUUUCAAUGCAUAA